AGGGGCCAUAUAUCCACCACACUGUCCGCGCCGCGGUCCACACCCCAUGCCGUCCUCCUCCUCCUCCUCCUCCUGCCUGCCUGCCUUUCCCUCGCCGCUCGCGGCAAGAUCCACAUGCAGUAGUAGUAGUAGUAGUAGGAGUAGCAACUAGCAAGCAAGCAAGCAAGCAAGAGUAGAAGCCUUGCUUUGGGUGGGUUGGUUGGUUGUUGUUGCUGCGUGCUGUGGGCUGUGGCUUUCAAUCAAAUCAGGAACAACGACAGAUCCGAGGCUUUCUCGAAUCGGGCAGGUCCAUCAAAUCAAAUCGCAAGUUAGCCAGCCAGCCCACAACGCAGCUAGCUAACCAUCAAAUCACACUCAUCAAAUCAAAGGGGACCAAAAGGAUAUCUCUGGCCUCCUGCCCCGGCCCUCUCCUAGUAGUCGUAUAAAAUUCCCCUUUCGACUCCCCCCGCCCGGCCUCCUUCCUCAUCCGAUCUCUCACCACGCGCCCUCUUCUGCUACCUGCUUUGCUUUGCUUUCCCUGCGAUCCGUUCCUUGCUUGCCCUAGCUAGCCGGAUCGAGCAAGAAGGCGAGUCCUCGACGACGACUCCUCGCUCCAUCGCUCGUCGGAUCGAUCGAUCUUCUCGACAGCGUCAGCGCCUCAGGUGGAUCAGGUGGUGGUGGGAGCUAGCUGCUACAUUUCGGUCUUACUUGGAGAUCGUAUCAUGAUGUCGUCCUCGUCCUCGUCGUCGGCCGCCUUCCCGCUGGACCACCUCGCGCCGUCCCCCACCGAGCAGCUCUGCUACGUGCACUGCAACUGCUGCGACACCAUCCUCGCCGUCGGCGUGCCUUGCAGCAGCCUGUUCAAGACGGUGACGGUGCGCUGCGGCCACUGCGCCAACCUACUCUCCGUCAACCUCCGCGGCCUCCUGCUCCCGCCCGCCGCGCCGCCGGCCAACCAUCUCAACUUCGGUCACUCCUUGCUCUCGCCCACAUCCCCGCAUGGCCUCUUGGACGAGUUGGCGCUCCAGGCGCCGAGCCUCCUCAUGGAGCAGGCGAGCGCCAACCUGAGCAGCAGCACCAUGACGGGCGGCAGCAACAGCAGCUGCGCCAGCAACCUGCCGGCCGGGCCGAUGCCGGCAGCCAAGCCUGUGCAGCAGGAGCCCGAACUGCCCAAGACCACCGCCCCGUCGGUGAACAGGCCUCCGGAGAAGCGGCAGAGAGUCCCGUCGGCAUACAACCGGUUCAUCAAGGACGAGAUCCAGCGCAUCAAGGCCGGGAACCCGGACAUCACCCACCGGGAGGCGUUCAGCGCAGCCGCAAAGAAUUGGGCCCAUUUCCCACACAUCCACUUCGGCCUCAUGCCGGACCAGGGCCUCAAGAAGACCUUCAAGACUCAGGAUGGCGCUGAAGACAUGCUUCUCAAAGAUGGACUCUACGCUGCAGCGGCAGCGGCUGCAGCAGCCAACAUGGGCAUCACUCCAUUCUAGCCGGUUAGGCAGGCAUGUUCUGAAUCUGGCACGCAGAGUGGCUAUCGCCCUUGUGCUGCAUUCUAGGGUUUCAUCUCAGAUCUUGAUCUCAGUAUCGCGUGUCGUUUAACUAGAGUAUUUCCAGUUUGAGGGUAGAAAUGGAGAAUCAAGUCAGAACACCUAGGCCACUGAUGAUCCGAUCGAUAGGUACAGACUUGAUUGUCUCCUCUCUAUUUCAACAAUCCCUUUCAUUUCAUGUUCUCUCUGUCUCUCUCUUUUUAUUUUUUUGUUCCUGGACCCCUUCAAUUCGCCUGUAGAAAAGUCGUUGUGCCUCCUCCAGUCCCAUGUUUGCGUCUGUUCAUCAAGGACAUCUUUUUUUACCAUGGAGAACUAGUUCGAUCGGCA